GGCCCUGAGGGGUGGAGUUGAGCUGGUGGCGGCGGCAGCGGUUGCCAGGAUCCCGCGUUGCCGCCUGAGGGACCCGUAAUAUGGCGGGGAGGAGGAGGAGGAGAAGGCGGAGGACCUAGAUGCGCUCUGUCUAAACCGACUGAGGCCUUUGCUUACAGAGGAGGCUGGUCCACGGGCAGAGAAGCUGACCGGGCAGUAGGUGUCAGUGCCUACCACGUGCUGACACCAUUGUGUGUCAUGGCGAACCAGUGAGCAAGACUGAGAAGGUACCUGUUCUUAUGGAGUUUACGUUUUGGUGGAAGAAGAUACACAAAACCCCAGGAAAUAAACGAGAUCAUUUCAGAUAGUGUGUGCGGUGGGAAGAUGGAGGAAUAUGAGGAGUUCUGCGAGAAAGCACUUGGCCGAGCUCAGGAAGCAUCGCUGUCCACAGGCAGCUUCCUGCCCGCUCAGGCAGAAAGUGUCUCACUCAUCCGUUUCCAUGGGGUGGCUGUACUUUCUCCACUGCUUACCAUUGAGAAGAGAAAGAAAAUUCAAGAGGAAAAGCAGAAAGCACUUGAUGUGCAGUCAAGAAAGCAGGCCAACAGGAAGAAAGCCUUACUGACUCGUGUCCAGGAGAUUCUUGAAAAUGUUCAGGUUAGAAAAGCACCAAAUGCCAGUGAUUUUGAUCAGUGGGCAACAGAAACCAUUUACUCUAAUCCAGAAGUCACAGACUUGAAUGUUCCUGUUAGAGUUCCAAACAGCUUGCCGAGCCCCACCGAACACUGUACUUCAGUAAAGCUUGAAAAGAUAACUGGACUUUUGCCUGUGAAUAAUGAGGACCAACAAACCCCUAAGCGGGUGGGGCUGCCUGGAGACUCAGAGGUGUCUGGUUCUCUGAGGCAGUGUGAGAGUCCAGAAAGCAGGCAGGCAGAAGAUGGAGCUGCUCUAAGGCUUUCUUCAGCAAGCCCACAGGAGACCAUCAUUUCUGAUGUCUUAGGAAAGGAAGAACAGGACCCAUCAUGUUUGGCUGAAGUCACUCCAGAUCCCUACAUAAUGAGCCUUCAGAAUCUAAUGAAGAGGUCAAAGGAAUACGUGGAAAGAGAACUGUCUAGCCGGAGUCUGAGAAAUAGUUUAAAGAGAAGUGUUAAUGAAACGCAUUCAGACAGAGAAAACGAUGCUGCUAAGGCGAGCGACUGUGUAAAGGAGAAGGCCCCACCCAUGCCCAUAGGCAGGCACUGUGGCUCUGCCAUCCCUGACAAACCAAGCCUUAAUAAGUCAAAUGUUCUCCUCCAAGGUGCUUCACAAGCAAGCAGCAUGGGCACGGCAGGCUUAGCUAGCUUUUCUAAGAUAGACCUGCCUGCAGGAGCUGCUCCUCCCGCUGCUCCAGAUGCCGGAUCAGAUUUUACAGUUAUUCCUACCUUUGUUACUGAAAAUAAAGUUAAAAGUCUUAAAGGUCCAUAUGCCAAAUUACCUAGUCCAGAGCCAAGUAUGAGUCCUACGAUGCAUCGGAGGCAUUCUCGGUCAGCAUCAGCAUGUCAGAUCCUUAUAAACAACCCAGUAAAUGCCUGUGAGCUGAGCCCAAAGGGGAAAGAAGAGGCAGUGGAUAGAACCGCUCCAGCUGCUGCUGAGACAACAAAUGAGUCUGAAACUGUGCCAAAAUCACCGACUGAUUUGACAGGGGUUUGUUCAAGUAAUGUUUCUGCUACCAAAAUCACGUCUGAGAGCACAAGAGAGAUGGUCGUGGGUAAGCCAAGUCAGAGGCAGCAGGCUUUAGGAGCUCACUUAGGCAAUAACGUCACUGUUGAGCGGUCUGCUAUGGAAGGUCCCUUCAUAGCUGAUGACAGGGGAGCCCAGAAGGUGGACGGUACUUGUAUGGCUGUGCCCAAGUUGCAUGAACUGCAGCCCAGCAGUCAGUGUGUGUCAAGUCAAACCUUGGAAGAUGUGUGUGAACUCAAGUCAGCCAGUCUGCUAGCAAAGAACUCCUGCAACUUACAAAUGGAACUGAAUAAAUCUUACGAUGUGAAACACCCAUCUCCCUUACUUACGCAAACCCAGACUUCCAGACAGCAGAUGGACACACCGCCGGUGUUCCGUGGAAACGAGCAGUUUGUAGAUAACAGUUUUGAGAAAGUUAAGCGGAGACUUGAUUUAGAUGUUGAUAGUUUACAAAAAGAAAAUUGUCCUUAUAUUAUAACAGCUGGAGUAGCUGAGCAGGAGCGGGACCGUCUGCUGGAAAGAAGAUACCCCAAGGGAUUCGUCCACAUUAACAAGAAUAAGAUGCUAGAAACUAGCCCCAAAGAAGGCCAGGAACUACUGAAAAGCAAGAUGUUAGCUUUUGAAGAAAUGCGAAAGAGACUAGAGGAACAGCAUGCCCAGCAGUUGUCACUCCUCAUAGCUGAGCAGGAGAGGGAGCAGGAGCAACUGCAAAAGGAAAUAGAAGAGCAGGAGAAGAUGCUGAAGGAGAAGGCAGUUACGACGGACGUCUCUGACUUGAACAGUGCACUGGAGUGGAGACAAAGAACCGAUUCUGCUUUGCUAGAAACCAUGCUGUCCCAAGUGGACUCACUCCAGACUUCAAACAACUCUGGCUUCAUAACUUCUGCCCUGCAGUACAGCUUCGGCUCUGCAGGUGAAGCACCGUUCUACCUCUGGGGAUCACUGACCAGUGGCGUGACCAGAGUCUCAGGAACAAGGCCUUGUGGACGGGCCCAAGCUAAAUGGUCUCAGGUUUUUAAUCCAGAAAUACACGCAAAAUUUAAUAAAAUAACUGCCGUGGCAAAAGGGUUUCUUACUCGUAAACUUAUGCAAACAGACAAACUGAAGCAGCUUCGACAAACUGUAAAAGACACCAUGGAAUUCAUACGAAGUUUUCAGUCAGAAGCCCCUCUGAAGAGAGGUGUCGUCUCAGCCCAAGAUGCUUCCCUUCAGGAACGAGUGUUAGCUCAGUUGCGAGCUGCUCUGUAUGGUAUUCAUGACAUCUUCUUCGUAAUGGAUGCAGCCGAGAGAAUGUCAAUCCUCCAUCAUGAUCGAGAAGCCCGCAAAGAGAAACUGCUCCGGCAAAUGGAUAAGAUGAAAAGUCCACGAGUGGCGCUUUCAGUGGCAACACAGAAGUCCCUGGACAGGAAGAAGUUCAUGAAAGUUGCUGAGAUGGGAAUGCCAAAUAAGAAGUUCCUGCUUAAACAAAACCCCUCAGAAACAAGAGUCCUUCAGCCAAACCAAGGACAGAAUGCACCCGUUCAUAGGCUACUUAGUAGACAAGGAACCCCUAAGACUUCAGUGAAGGGGGUUGUGCAAAAUAGACAGAAGCCUUCACAGAGCAGAGUGCCUAACAGAGCGCCUGUGUCAGGAGCAUAUGCAGGAAAAACCCAAAGAAAGCGGCCAAAUGUUGCGACAAUUUAAGAAGACAGCACUCACUGGGAUGAAGCAGGGAGCAGGGCUGCCGCCACCCACAUUCCACUCUAGUUGGGGCUUGUGACUUAGCCCUGGACUCUGUUUCUGCAGGCAAGGGACAGCGAGGGCUGAGCAUUGGCCUGUAUAAUCUGGUCAGCUUGGACAAUUCCUGCCUCAUUUCCUAUUAAUGUUAGUUUGGAUAAAAAUAAUUAGCAUUUAGUAAUUGCCUUGUUUCUGAGUUUAGCCUAUAUAAACAUACUAUAUGUGCCCAGAGGUCUACAGUCACCCUUUUUUAUAAACAUAAAAAGACAUCUAGACUUAUUUUUACAAAUUAUUGGAAAGAUAUCAUCAAUCGUAAAUUAGCCCUAAAACCUAAAUUUCAUUCAUGAAAUUUUUUUCUAAUUUUAAACACCCAGAAUCCCAUGUCCUUUGACUUGCAGUGUAGCUAUCUAGAAUGAAACACUUGCCUUGCUAAUCCCAAGUAAGAAGUGACUGGGUGGGGGGUUGCGGGGAGGGGUCUUGGUUUUGGGUAGAAGCACACAUUCCUGCAGACAGCUAGUUGUUUUAUAGAAAUGUUAGGUUUCAUGUGUGUUACUAUUAGGUAUAUAUAGGCUAGAUUGUGCCCACUAUCCUGGAAGGUGGCAAGUUUAGAGACGAUAGCACAAUUUUCAUGAACAUAGCACUGGGGCAUGCACUGUGAUGGGGCAGUGGAGCGCAUGCGGCUAGUUCUAGUUAGUCUAUAUUGUUUGUUUUUUCAGUCUUCUUUUUCUAGCAUGCUUUACAUAGGAGAGAAUAAAGGGCUAUUUAAUAAGCAAUCCGGAUCUCAGAGAACAUAGUAAUACUGUCUAGUUUAAAGCCUGCAGUAAAGGUACUCAGAUUUAUGGCUUUCAUGACUAACACUAAACACAUCAGCCAACAAUGUACCAAGAAAACAUGAUUUUAUGAAACAGAAUGUCACCAUAUAAUUCCAAAAAGGGCUUUGUGCUUCUCAUGUAACAUUGGGAUUGUGUAGAUUUGAACCUUAUAACUUGAAUUUUAAAGAUAGUAGCAUUUUGAAGAUGCUUAAUAACCUUUUUAGGAAUAUGGAGAUAAAGAUUGUUUUUCUGAUUUUCUUCCAUCUGAAGUUUGACUUUUAUACCCAGCCAGAAGUUACAAAAUGAUGACCCACUCUGGGUAUAAGCUUGAUUUCCUUUGUUGAGACUUACCCUUCAUUGAAGAGAAAAAGAAGACAGUCAAAAAAGGUCCAGGUUACAAAGUUCUCCUCAUAGGUGGAAAGGUUUACUGCAGUGUUAUCCUCUAAGUGUGAUAAACUGUGCUUUACCGCUCCGAACACUCAGGACUCCGUGUGUAUCAGUGUGGGCUCCUCAGUAAGGAAGAGGAGCUCAAAGUUUGUGUGUAUUAAUAUGAAUUAGCUAACGUGAACUAUGUUUUGGAAAGUUACAACUACUUUUACAUUAAGGAUGAGAAACUGGAGUGUUUUUGAUUUCAUGGUAAAAGUUUGUGUGUUUUACAUUUGAAUGUUCACAGUUUUCUCUCAGAGAAGUGCCAGACAUUGUUUUGUGCUUUUGAAGAAGUUUUAUUUAUAUGCAUUAUUUUUAUUGUUUUUACUUUGACUGGAAUGUUUAUUGUGAACUGUAUUUAUUUUUAUACUUUGAUUUUCACUAGUUUUGCUUUUAUGUAAAAGUCAAAAUAAACUUUUCAUCCUAAAGGAAA